GCUCUGUAGUGUGUUAAAAGGUGGUGUACAAAUUUGAAUUUGUUGACCAUUCGUUGGUACCGUUGUUAAUCAUUGCAGCUCAAGCAGCAGAACUGAGAUUGCGAAAUAUUGGCAAUGGGAAUAAGAAUGAAAAAUAAAAGUGACCUAGUGCGAACCUCGCCAAUGUGGUUCAAUGUGCGUUGGUAGUAAAAUUAAAACAAGGAAGAAGCGCUGCGAGCACUGAAUGCAGACAUUGUAAGAUAAACAGUUGAGCAACAGGCAGCUUUAAAAGUGGUACAACAUUAGCGAAACAAGUUAAGAAAAAUCUGUGUGACAUAAUCACGUGAAGGGUUAUAGCAGAAAACAUUAUUAAAGCCGCCAGUACUUAUAUGAGCAACCCGGGCUGUUUUCACUCUCGGUUAGAUGCUGCCAUGAUCGCCGGUUCAGCACGGAAGAGCCAACUCAAAAUGAGAAUUUACCGGACUAUUCGCAAUGAUUUGAACUCUACCGAACUCGAUUGAAAUCUCCAGUUUACAAUCCCGUGAUCUACGACCGUUAUAUCUAGCCCGAAAUAUGGAGAUGGAAACAGCAAGUACCCAGGACAGUAGGGUUGACAAUAACCAAUCAGUAUCCAGAGUGUGUCCCAGUCAACUGCCGACAGUGAUUGAAUAUAUCGCUGGUUUGGAUCUUAUUUUAACUGUGAUCAUAGGUAUAACAAUCGUACUUAGUAUUGCAACGUUCGUGAUAUGCGGCCGAGCUAUAACGAGGGUGCUGAGCCACUCGCCCAAGCGUUUUAAAACCAAAACCAUCAUCGUUCUGCUUAUCUAUCCGGUAGUGGCAGCGCUGGCGAUAAUGUCAAUCCUCAUACCCAAGGCGUACUUUAUUUGCGAUACGGUAUCACAUAUCUAUUUUAUGAUCUGCGCCUACGUGUUUUACAGUCUGCUUAUAGAUUACGUCGGGGGAGAGGACUGCUUCAUCAAAUCAACAGAUUCGGAGACAUUUAACGCCAAAACACCGCCAUGCUGUUGCUUUCUGGUCUGCUUGAAACGGACGGCUGUCACCAAAAACCGCUUACUGUUUACAAGGCUUUUGAUCCUUCAGCUGCCGAUAAUGCAAAGUUUGCUAUUUUUGGGUCUCAAUGUCGUCUUUGUGGAAGAUAUUGAAAACUUCAAUCAAAUAAUUUUAUACUUUGUACCAUUCAUUGUCCUGUCGAUUGUCAUUGGAGUAUGGGGACUAAACAUAGCAGUUCGAAUGGUAGCGUCUCUUCAUACGGAACUUCAAAUAAUGGCAAAAUAUUUCGCUCUACAAGCAGUGCUGAUUCUUUGCAAGGUCCAACCGUUGGUCAUUAUGGUCAUUGUUACGUACAUCACACCGCGAUGUGAUUUUCCCCUAGUAUUACAAGUACAAAAAAAUGCUGUGUUUCAGAUGUGUCUCUGCGCUGAAAUGCUGAUUCUUUGCAUAUGGGCCUUUCAUUUGUACAAAACUCCCGGUAAAAAUCGAAAUUUUCUUGCCAAGACGGAAUCCAACUAAGCAGCUGAACAGAGCUGCCUACGUAGAAAAACUCGAAUAGCAUCGACCAAA